GGGGAAUGGCUGAAGCUACGCCUGCGCCGUUAUAUAAAACAGCGGUGACAUCUGGUACCAAAGUAGCGCGAUGAGGGUCUGUCUUGUUCUCUGCCUUGCCGUGGCUGUGGCGACAGUAGCGGCAGGGUACGGCUCCUGGCAGAAGGGCGGCUGGUGUCCACCGGACUGCGCACACAACUGCACGAUGGAGUGCCUCAACUGCAAGUGCCCCAGCGAGUGCUCACUGGAGAUGAACCGCGUGGUCGCUUGGUGUGACGGCGGAUGGGGUCACGGUCGCAAGGUGCUGCGCGAGUUCGUCAACUGCUGCGGCUGGCAGCGGGAAAUCUGCCUGUACGGGAGGGAGUGUGAAGCUGCACACCACGUGGUGAGCAAGCAUUAUUGA